UGGCAGCCCGAACCAGACGGUCGAGGGUCAUUUGGUAUCCUAUCGAGCUGUGUGCUCACUCUUGUGUUCUGCGUAUGGACAGCUGUUCAUCCCAACGUGGGCUUUCAACACCGACCAAUAUUUCAUAUGGGCGAAAGCAGAGCGACCUUGCUUAUCAUAGCAUUGCUAUCGCCAGAGGUUAUCAUUUAUCUCUCUUGGGCCCAAAAUCAUGCUGUACGACGCCUUAAUCGUCAAGUCGACACUCAAUGGACGAUAACCCAUAGCUAUUUUGCAUGCAUGGGCGGCUUCGUCUUUGAUACGACUGACGAGGAACCAUUUCUUCCCCGCUCCGCGACGCGAAUACGACUUCAACCUGACGGAGUGGUAUUCCUCAGGAAACACGCUCCGGAGAUAAUCCCGACACUGUCCAGAGAAGAGAUUCUCGAUAAAAGUAAAGCAGACGGGCUAUCGAAGGCUCUGGCAUGCUUGCAAACCGGGUGGUUCUGCACACAGAUCAUCGCACGCGCUAUUCAAAAUCUUCCCAUCAGUUUGCUGGAGUUAACGACCUUAGCGCAUGCAUUCUGCAUGAUUGCUGUGUACCUUUUAUGGUGGGAUAAACCAUUCGAAGUUCAAGAGCCUGUGAUUAUC